AUGAAAAUUCUAUAUAUCCUUCAAGUUUUCUUGAUUAACUACAGUAACCAAGACAUAGCUGAAAGCCUCAAACACGUUCUGAAUAGUUAUAAACACGUUUCCGACCCAAAAUGUGUGUUCAACUACACAGAAGUGAAUUCCCGAACGAUCAAGCAUUUUCCAAAAUGUGAUGAGGUGUUUGGGAUUUUGGUCAUUAACGAGAAUACGGAUUUGGAAGUGUCACAACUAAAGAAGGCGUUCAGCAAAAUGACAGUACUCUACGGUGGAAUAAGAGUUGAAUAUUCGAAAUUUGAAAAUCUGAAUUUUCUAACAGUGGAUCAAGAUGGAUGGUUUUAUAUGUACUGUGAGACCUAUGGUGUCUACAUUUGGAAUAAUCAGAAUUUGACAGAUGUUUAUGGUUUAUGGGAUGUGUAUUUGGCAGAGGAUGGAGAUGGGAGAGAGUGUGACUUUCGGAUGGAGAAUAACCCUAAAUUGAAUGCUGAGAACUUUUGCACUUAUGGAUCUAUGUAUAUGUUCAUGGAUUUGAAAGUUAAAGGGAAUAUGAAAGAUUGUGGAUGUCAAGGAGAUGAGCUCACCCAAUCCUCCUUCCCCAACUACAACAAUUGCACAAAACUUUUUAGCGGAUUUCACUUGGACAACCAAACGAUGGUAAAUAACUUGGACGCGUUGUCCAACCUCGACACCAUUAGAGGAGGAAUCGACAUCCAUAAUGCUGGAGUUACUAACUUAUCCUUUUUUGGCAAUUUACAAAUUAUAGAAGUCAAUAAUGAGAUGGAUCACGAGAAACUGAUUUUAAACAUUGCCGGGAAUGCGCUUCUAGAAAAGUUGGCGAUUCCAUAUCUUAGAGAAUUGUCGAACUCGAAAGAUGGUGUUAAGCUAGCUAGGAUCGAAAGGAACCAUCCGGAUUUCUGUCUUACGAUUGAAGAAAUCGCUUUCUUUUUGGAGAAUCAUGUGUUCUUUGUGAGCCUGGAAAUGAAGUUGUGCGAGGAUACGCGGACUAGAAUAUCCAAUAUAAAUGUUUGUCGUUAUCGAUCGAUGAAGAGCUUAGAGGAGAAUUGUAACUUGAUAAUUGGAGACAUAAUUAUCAACUCUAGGGAUGAAGAAUAUAUUCAUAAAUUGUCAAAUGUGUUAUACCUUUUUGGAUCGCUAGCAAUUCAAAAUACAACACUUGAUCGUUUGGACUCACUUUAUAAUCUCCGUUAUAUUCUACACUUGAAUAAUCCCAAUCCGAUUUUUCAAAUAGUGGGAAACAAAAAGUUGAAAGAAGCUCGCUUAGUGGAUGUUGAGAACGUGAUCACCAAUGGCAAUAGAACGGCUAUUUUCCAAGGUAACCAUCCAGAUCUAUUCCAAGAUGGCGGAGGUGACUGUAGAUUAUUUGACGGAAUGGAUAACGAUGAGACCAACUAUAGAUUGCGUUUGGAUUUCAUUGGAGGAGAUUGUGGGGAGGAAGUGAUGAUUGUUCAUCGAUCAUCAUGGCGAAUUCAGAUUUUGGUAAUUUUCACUUUUGUGAUUUCCAGAAUGUUAUGA